AUGCAGGCCCAUCUAGACCAGUCUCGCUGGUGCAUCUCUCAAAUGGGACAUCUGGCAGGCGACGUGACAGCAGCCGCGGUCUCGGCAUCUAUAGUAACACCCGCCGUAGCGAUCAUCGACAGAUCACUCGUCGAGCAAUCCGCCUUCAACCAGCCCAUUCUCCGUGGCCUUCGUCGGCACGCCCUCGGAGCUCUCCGACAACCAGGUCUAUUCAUCUUCCAACGACCAUUCGGCAUAGUCUGGGCCCUUUACGCGGCAACCUAUUCCGUCGCCAACGUGACCGACACGAUCACUCGCAAGCUCAAAAUAACAGCGGCCGGGACGAUCACAUUCGCCACGACGAUGCUGGCAAAUGUGCCGCUGGCGUUGUGGAAGGACAUGCGAUUCGCCAAGGAGUACGGCAUCGGCCCCGGUCCCGAUGCCAAGACAUCAAGAUCAACGGUGCCCCUCCAAGUUAAGUCACUGGCACGAAUGGCAGCUGCUGUCUUUCUCCUGCGAGAUGGCGUCACUAUCUUUGGCUCCUUUACCUUGGCGCCGUGGUUGUCGGAUGCCAUCCCCGAUGACUUGGCUUAUUCACCGGUGAUUGCCCAGUUGACGGUGCCGGUGUUGACUCAGUUGGUGGCUACUCCGCUACAUUUGUUUGCUUUGGAUAUGUAUACAAGGCAGUAUACUGUUCCGUUCUUGGAAAGAGUUAGGUAUUCACAGCAAUAUCUCCCUUCGUCGACUUUGUUGCGUUGUGUUCGUAUCGUUCCUGCCUUUGGGAUUGGGUGCUUGGCGAAUAUGGAGUUGAGGGCUGCUUUGCAUACGAAGCUUGCGUGA